AUGACACAAGUUCUAAGUGGAUAUCCAAUAUCAACAGUUGCAGUGUUGUUGAUCGACUCAGAGAGAGAAAACUGCCUGCUUAAGUGUGAUGCUGUCGCUGAAGGGGUGUGGUCGCUUAUUGAAAAAGAGAUCAACGAGUUUAGCACAGAUCAAGAAAUACGGGCAGAAGAAAGAGCAGGUAAGAAGAGGAAAUUAAAUGAUCAUAGUAACUUUCUGCAGAUCGGGUUUGAUGCUGUGAAGGACGUUGCAGGCAUCGAAGUUUCUGACAUUGAGGUGUUGGAGGCUCAUGUUGUGUACUCAUUGACCAAGGAGAAGUCAGCUGCUCAGUUUUAUAUGAUGAAAUGUAACCAGUCGUUCGACAUAAGGCAGAGAUCCACUCUUGAUUCUCUUGUUGAGAGUUUGCAGGGCCCUUUUGCAGAACAAUAUGGUGAUACUUGGGUGACUACCUCACUCAUUGAGUAUCAUCGCUUGCUUCCUUAUGCAGAGUUGAUCUCUAGCUGGCUUCCAAGGAAAGAUUUAUCGGUUCCUAUUCUAAGCAACUGUGUACAAGAUCAUAUACUUGAGUAAAGAGGUAAUGAAUGGGCGGACUGUGUACAAGAUCAUAUACUUGAGUAAAGAGGUAUGACGUUGCUAGUUUGGAUGCAAAGUGGAAAAAUGUCAUAUACACUUGAAAGUUUUAGUUGACGCUUAGUGAAGAACAUUGCUUAGUUGCAUAUUUUGGUUGGUAGAAUUAUGUUUAAAGUACAAUGCAAAAAAUUCUAGUCCGUUGAACUAAUUCCCGUUUCUAGAUUAUUGUAAUGACUCUUGAAUAUUAAACUUUAUUUAAAUUUAUGUGUUUUGAUUUGUGUUUA